AUGUCUAUCAUUUGUAGUAGACCAGAUAAUGUGCUUAAACCAAGCCUUUGCAUAUGCAAAAACCAGUUGUAUGGAGCUUUACUCAAUAAUCGAUAUGGAAAAUCAGAGACCAUGGAAAUAAGACAAACCUGUACAACUAACACCUCAAGUGAUUAUGGAUAUAAAAUGGAUGCAAAAAAAUAUAAGGACAAAGAAUGGAUGUCCCGCUUUGAAACCUUCUCAGAUAAUCUCGAUAUAUCACACAGAUAUUGCUCACCUCGAAUUAAUGGCAGCAUUACUAGACCUUGA